UUGUGUCUGCGUUAGUGCGCUUCAAUCAUUUCUCUUUAAAGUAAGUUUAAGUUAAUGACAAAGGUUGAGGUUACAGUUCCUUGUCCGUAAUUGAAACGUAGUUAAUCUUCCCAAAAGUUAGUGAAAAGUCGAGUUUUACCCGCGUGUCCCUCCUCCUCCUACAGAGCGGAUGCCGGUGACCUGCCUGUCUCUCCGUCAGUGAGUCUGCGCGCCUCGAUGUGCGACAGCAGCAACAGGAGGAAGACAGACAGACAGCGACCGUGGAUCAAACACUCCAGGGAUGGCACCGAGCUCCCGCUGAGACACACAGCACCCAAGUGGCGAGUCGGGGGGUGGGUGGGGGGUUUGUACGUGAAACUCAAAGGAGUCGGGAUGGACGGCAAAGGCACGCUGAAGAUGUUCCACAGGAAGAAACGGGAACUGAUCAAAACGCCAUCCAUCUCGAAGAAGAGCCGAGCAGGAAGCCCCGGGCCACAGAGCAGCGCCCCGGCCAAUGGGGACAGAGCUGUAGGGGGAAGAAGGAGCAUGCUGAGACGGGUCGGUAAGGGCAGCUACAACCCUUACUCUACCAGUCAGAGAGUUAAGAAAGCUGAGGCAAAGAGCAAGGACAGACUGGACAUACUGCCCAGCAAGCAAAACGUGUGGCUUAAGCAGCUCUCCAUCCUGCAGGAGCAGCCUCGGAAAGAUGCAGCUGACAUCACCCUCUCCUCCUCACCCUUAUCCUCCGCUUCAACUCUCACCCCGACCUCUGCCGGGCUUCAGGACUCCUCCGCCUCCUGCCCCGGGACCCCCAGCAUCCACCACAGCAAGCUGGUGGCCAUGCAGGGGGUGGGCUCUCCAGUGUCCACCCUGAAGAGGCCGACUGCACUGAGCCGACACGCCAGUGCUGCAGGUUUCCCUCUCCAGUCCUGGGUGUUCUCUAAAGGCCAGGGGAAGACAGCCUCCGCCCCCACCACUCCGUCUGAUGGUCCAGAGAGCACGGCCAUCGAGGUGGAGGACAUCCCCGCCCUGCUGAGGGACGUGGCCCGCUUCGCAGAGGCUGUGGAGAAACUGAAGGAUGUGGUGCUGACUGAAGGUAAGGACAGUCAGCGUCCCGUGGCUCACGAGUGUUUGGGGGAGGUCCUCCGAGUGCUGCGUCAGGUCAUCAACACGUACCCUCUGCUCAACACCGUGGAGAUCCUCACCGCCGCCGGCAAGCUCAUAUCCAAGGUCAAAGGUUUCCACUAUGAGGCUUGUAACGAGGCAGAUAAAAAUGACUUUGAGAAGGCCAUUGAAACCAUCGCAGUCGCUUUUAGCAGCAAUGUGUCUGAGCUGCUGAUCGGAGAGGUGGACAGCAGCACGCUGCUCUCCCAGCUGCCCACUGAGAAGAGCAGGUCGCUGGAGAACUUGUACGCUUCGACAGGCCAUGGGGCAGACAGCGGACACUUCAGGAACGACCUGCAUUACAUGGGCAGAGCUGAGGAAGUGGAUGUGAUCCUGCAGCAGAGCGAGGGAGGCGUGGACUCCGCUCUGCUCUACGCCAAAACCAUCUCCAAAUACAUGAAGGACCUGAUCAGCUACGUGGAGAAGAGAACUUCCCUGGAGAUGGAGUUCUCCAAAGGCCUCCAGAGAUUGUACCAUUCCUGCAAACACAGCAUAACGCAUCCCCAGAUGCCGCUCUUCUCCAUCUACUCUCUGGCUCUGGAGCAGGACCAGGAGCAGAGUGUGGGGCUGCAGCUGGCCAACACCACCCUGCACACACAGACCUUCAUCCAGCCUCUGAUGCAGCGUAAACAGGAGCAUGAGAAGAGACGGAAGGAGAUCAAGGAGCACUGGAUUCGAGCUAAGAGGAAACUGAUGGAGUGUGAGGCGAACCUGCGUAAAGCUAAGCAAGCCUUUAUGGUCCGCUGUGAGGAGUACGAGAAGGCCAAAACAGCAGCCUGCCGCGCUGAGGAGGAAGGAGGAGGGUCUACGGCAAAGUCUGUGGAGAAGAAGAAACGAGUGGAGGAGGAGGCGCGCAACAAGUCAGACGAGGCGGAGGCCACCUACCGGAAUUGUAUAGCAGACGCCACCACCCAGCAGCAGGAGCUGGAGCACACAAAGGUCACAGUGCUGAGAACACUACAGGACGUCAUCAAACAGAGCGACCAGACCCUGCGCUCGGCGACCAUCUCGUACUACCAGCUCAUGCACAUGCAGACCGUGGCCUUGCCGGUCCACUACAGACUCUGUGUGAGAGCAGAAGCUGUACGACCCGGGCCCAGCAUAAAGAGCAUCAGUCGGAUCACCAAUAUGCAGUUUCAAAUUAAAACCUUAAGGAAGCCACGGCCAGCAGACCAAGGAAUUGACAGUUUCCAACACGGACAGUCCUACCACGCAGUGUGGAACGCAGCAGCAGGAGACAGCAGAGACGCCGAGGCUCAGCGCAAGAGGCAGGGACAUAAGUCUUGGGGUUCAACAGUGAGCGACGACAGUGUUGGAGGAGAGGCGGGUCUAGAGUCGCCUACUGCCAGCUCCAGUGACGUCAGUAAAAUUGCUCGGACGUCAUCCACUGGGACAAUGUCGUCCAAUGAGGACGCAGAUGAGAAAGACGGGAAUAUGACUUCAUUUGAAUCUCCAAACAUGAACGGCAUGGACCCUGACGUGGUGGUGUCCACCAGACCUUUCCGUAACGUCGGCCUCUCUAAAGCAGCACAUACCCACCGGCUGAGGAAGCUACGCACUCCGUCAAAGUGCCGCGAGUGUGACAGCUACGUUUACUUCCAGGGGGCCGAGUGUGAGGAGUGUUUCCUGGCGUGUCACAAGCGCUGUCUGGAGACUCUGGCCAUCCAGUGCGGUCACAAGAAGCUGCAGGGCCGUCUGCAGCUGUUCGGCAGGGACUUCUCUCAGGUAGCCAGCUGUGCCAGCGACGGCAUCCCCUUCAUCAUCACUAAGUGCAUCUCUGAGAUAGAGAGACGGGCGCUCAAGAUGAAGGGCAUCUACAGGGUGAACGGGGUGAAGACUCGGGUGGAGAAGCUGUGUCAGGCCUUUGAGAACGGCAAGGAGCUGGUGGAGCUGUCCCAGUGUUCACCGCAUGACAUCAGCAACGUGCUCAAGCUUUACCUCCGACAGCUGCCAGAGCCCAUCAUGCUGUUCCGCCUGUACAACAGUCUGAUGGGUUUGGCGAAGGAGAGUAUGCAGGGAGAGGCUGACACAGCGGAGGGAGAGGAGGUGGAGUCUAACAGCAUCAACCCGGCGGUGGGCAAGGGGCCCGAGCUGGUGGACCUGGGCCCCAACAGCGACCCCGAGGUGCUGGUCCUGGUGGACAAGCUGAAGGAGCUUCUGAAGGAGCCGCCCAAAGCUAACGUCGCUACGCUACGCUACAUCAUUCGCCACCUCCGGAGGAUUGCAGAGCUGGAGGAGGACAACAAGAUGAGUCCCAGUAACCUGGGUAUUGUGUUCGGCCCCUCCCUGAUGCGCCCCCGUCCCACCGGAGCCACCAUCUCCCUCUCCUCUCUGGUCGAUUACCCCCACCAGGCUCGCAUCAUUGAGUGUCUCAUCGUCUUCUAUUCAUCCAUCUUCCAGUCCAAAACCUCUCAGACACACAAAAACAUCCGCUCAGAUUCCUCCUCUGCCCAGCAGAUGGGGCAGGAGGAUAUUCAUCCCUCUGAUAAGGUCUGUGCUGCAGAUGAAAAGAUUGAGAGCGCUGCUGAUGGAGAGGAGCCAAAUAAACCAGAAUCUGAGAAGUUGGAGGAGGGGUGUGGAAGUUCUUUAGGGUCUCUGGGGUCCAGUGAGCAGCUCCCUGACUCCGACUCAGAGCAGGACGACAGCAGUCAGGGGGCCGCGCCCCCCCGCAGCCUGGUGACGCAGGAGAGCGAGGUGAGCAUGGACGACGAGCCGCUAAGCUACAGGGACAGCCUGGACCUGUCGAGCCAGUCUGCAACGCUGACCGAACCAGAACCAGAACCAGACCAGGACCAGGAAGAAACCCCCGACAAAGUCGAGCCUCCUGCCCUGCCAGUCAGCGGACCCCCAGAUGAAGACACAGCGACAGAGGAGGAGCUGAGCGUCUCUCUGGCCGAGCUCAACGUGAACCAGUCCAACAACAACAACAAAACCAACAACAACAACUACCCCUGCUCCCCCGUUCUUAGCUUGUCGGGGCAUCCACUGUCACGUUUGUCUGGAACGAAAUUACCCCUGACCAGGAACAGGGACAGCGAGCCAGAGUUUGUCUGAUAUCUUUACUAAAGUGUGUGAAUGUGAAGUCUUUACAGGAGUGAUUGGGUUUGUAUUCGUUAAAGUCUUUACGUGUGUGUUGAUCUAUCCUGGCAGCAAAAUGUCUGCACGCUUACUCCAGAGGUUUUGACUCAAGAUGAUUUAAGAAACUAUUUUUGCAGCAGUUUGUAUUUUUAAAGCAUUUUACUCAUUGCUCUUGCGUGCUUGAGGAAAGGCAGUUAGUAAGUAACAUCACAAUGUGCAGGAAUUCAAAGCCAAUGAUCUUAAAAGUGCUGCUGGUUUUAUUUCAGCACUAACAGUUUCAAAAUAAAUGUAGAAGUCUUUUUUAUAAAUGUCGCCUGUAUUGCCUUGAUUUGAAUGUUUUGGUCUAUUUUAAUAAACAUUUUAUUUUA